AUGGUGAUGAUGCGGCUCUCCUUUACUCUUCUUCCUCCACCAGACCACCACUUCCAUCCUCUGCUCUGGUGGUUUCCUGUUCCGUUCCGGGAGAGUUCUUCUUUGACAGGGAGCGGCGGCCGCCAUGGCGAAGGAGACCGAGUACUACGACGCGCUCGGCGUCAGCCCCGCCGCCUCGGACGACGAGAUCCGCAAGGCCUACUACAUCAAGGUCCCCCUUUUACCUGCCUGCCUAGCGCAUUGUUGUCGCUUUCCGCUAGCUUGCUGAUUUGGAGGUUUUGUUUCCUGUCUUGUCUUCAGGCGAGGCAGGUGCAUCCUGACAAAAACCCCGACGAUCCGCAGGCGUCCGACAAGUUUCAGGCUCUUGGAGAGGCCUACCAGGUCCUGAGUGACCCUUUGCAGAGAAAGGCCUACGACGGCUAUGGCAAGACCAGCAUAUCCAGGGACAACAUUCUAGAUGGUGCUCUGGUCUUCACCCUCCUGUUCGGGAGCGAGCUGUUCGAGGACUACAUUGGGCAUCUUGCAAUGGCAACCAUGGCUUCCUCAGAGAUGGCCAGCGGCGACAACGGCAGCGCCGAGAAGCUCCAGGACAGGCUCAAGGGUGUACAAAGGGAACGAGAAGAGAAGCUAGCUAGAUUCCUCAAUAAAUUCCUCUCGCAGUAUGUGAGUGGUGACACGGAAGGAUUCGCUCAUCGUGCCGAAUCUGAGGCGAAAAGGCUUUCCAGCACUUCAUACGCACUGGACAUUCGUCGCACCAUCGGAUACGUUUACUCCCGACAAGCCGCCAAGGAGCUCGGCAAGAAGGCCAUGUACCUGGGAGUUCCAUUCCUGACCGAGUGGGUGAGGAACAAGGGCCACCUCUGGAGAUCACAGAUCACGGCAGCCAAAGGAGCUCUGCAGCUGCUGCAGCUGCAAGAGGAGGCGUGCCGGCAGAGCGCCAAGGACGGCGGCGCUGCCACCGAGAAGGACGUCGACAUGCAGAUGAGAAUGAACAAGGACCUGAUGAUGAGUUCAAUUUGGAAGCUCAACGUUGUGGAUAUUGAAGUCACGCUCCUACAUGUCUGUGAAAUGGUGCUGCAUGAAAAUAAUGUCAAGAAAGAGGAUCUCAAGGCCCGUGCAAUGGCCUUGAGAAAUCUCGGAAAAAUAUUUCAGAGGGAAAAGGAGGCAUUACCAGGGCCAUCAAAGCCAACCAUUCUCGACGAUGACAGCAGCUCUGAUGAAAGUUCAGACGAGGAGGCAUCACAGACAGUGACAUAUCGGACUCCCGCGCUUACUCAGGGAAUUGGCAGGCUAUUUAGAUGCUUAUGCAACCCUGCAUAUGAUGUUGACGAUGACUUCGAACCCCGGAAAUGA